UGCCCUUUUACUUUCGGGCGCCGGCACUUGGCCGCAGGCUGCUGCCGCUGCCGGCCGGGCCCCCCCUCGCCCCCUCCGCUAUGGGCACCCCGCACUUCUAAGGCGCCGCCCCGCGGGGGGGGCACGGGGAAUUCAUUAAAAAUCGCUAUUUACGUGGUUAUUCAUUGCCCCGCUCCGGGUAUGUGAACAACCACCCCCCUGCCCCCCCCGCUCCCCUUCCAUCCACCCCCAGCGCCAUGCCGGCAGCCUGCACCCUGCUGCUGCUGCUGGGCUUGGGGCUGGUCCCGCUCCCGCCGGCCGGCUCGCUGCCCCUCGCUUCCCCGCGGCGUCUGCCUCCACCUCCCCCUCCUCCUCCUCCGUCCCGGAGCCGUCUCGGCCGCCCUGCCUCGCCUCCCGCCGCGGGACCCGCCGGCAGCCCGGUCAUUGGAAGCAGCCAUCAGGAGAGAAGCCCAAGCACAGAGAUGAGGACUCCUGGUGCCCCUGUGGAGCUGGUGACGAUGCUGGCUGGGAGCAGGGAGUGGGCAUCACUGCCUGACAGGCAGGGGACAGUGCCAGCAACAAGCAGGGUCACAGGGCACACUGUCCCCCCUACCAGUGAUGGGGAUGUCAGCCCUCCAGGAGCAGGAUCCCCAGAGAACCCAUCUGCUGGGACAGUGACCCACCUGCUCACCCACAGCCAUCCUGCUGACCCUGGAAGCCAUCACCAUGCUGCAGGCAGGCAGGGGAGAGGCAAGAGGGCUCUGGCUUCUCCCAGCACCCCAGCAGCUGCUGAAGGGACAGCACCAGGCUCGGAAGCUGUCGGCACCAAUUCGGCUGAGGGCACGCAGGGAGGGCACCACAGGGUCUGGAAUGUGUCAGAGUUUAACCACACCAUGCUGCCACCUUCAUCUCCAGAAUCUCAUCACCCAGGCACUGGCAGCCUCUCUCAGCCCGUGAGCAGCUGGGUGGGCACAGAGCUGGGCAGCAGCCCUGCCAUGGGCACUGCAGCUGCUUCACCCAGCCCCUCGGGCAGCAGCCCCAGCACUGCCCUCCCUGCCCUCCUGGGACAGCCCCAGGCCUCCUCCCACGCUUCAAGCACCCAGGCUGGGGCAGAGCAGAGCAUGCUGCACCCCAGGGGUGUCACGGGGAACUCCACCAGCCCUUUGCUGGCAGCAUCACCUCCCAUGGACAGCGCUUUUGGAGCCAUUGGAAGCAGCCACCAACCAUCCAACAACUCAACUACGGAGAGGUUUGAUUCGGAUUUCCCCACCACCAGCUCCUCUGUUUCCACAACAGCCACCAAGGGUGGAGGGAGGACAUUAAGGUCUCUGCCAACCAGCACCAGGCUGGCCACCACGGCAGAGAUUUCCACCUCUGGGACUGAAAUCAGCAGCUCUUCAGCACAGAGCCAGACCCCUGGGAUGUCUGUGGGUGCCCAGGAUGAUGGAGGCAGAGGUGUCACAGACCCAUUGCUCACAGGCUUGCCAUCCCCUUCAGAAAGUGCUUCCACAACUUUUAGCAGCAAUUAUGAACCCCCCAAGAGCAUCCCAGGUGUAGAAGAGGCGACGCUGCUCUUGGACAUCCAGGGUGCUGACAUGUCCAGCACGGCAGUGGGAACACUGAUGUCCCCAGAAAAUGGCCACACAACUGGGGUGACAAGGGACCUUGCCACCAGCACCAACCCCACGAGCUCUUUGGGAGGGGUCUCCUCUUCCCUGAGGACUGGGACACAUCAUCCCAAUAGCUCACAGGAAGCCACCGAUCUCCCAGGCCCUCCUGGGGGCCCUUUGCUCACAAGCUCCCUCUCUGCCUCUGAAGGUCCUUUCCGAGGUGUCAGAAGCAGCCACAGACCAGCGGCAGAGAAAACCUCCCUCAGUUCCUCUGCCACCAGCACUCCCAUUUCAGUCGUGCCCAGCAGUGGUGGGAGGCUGCCCUCGGGCAGCAGCCCUGGGAGAGCAACCAAGGGCUCCACGUCCAGCAGUGCCAUGUUCAGAACCUUGGGCACCACCCAGCCCUUGCCCACAUCUUCUGUGAGAGACACCUCCAGGGGUCAGGGCUCCACAGGAAUGACAGAUUUCACUGAGGUGGCAGACUCCUCCCUGACACACUCCCACUCUCCUUCAGAAGGUCCUUCCACAGCUACUGGAAGCAGCCAUGUGUCAGUCAGCAUCCUGUCAACAGAGAGAAGAACCGAUUUCCCCAGCACCAGCACCUCUGUUUCCACAACAGCCACCAAGGGUGGAGGGAGGACAUUAAGGUCUCUGCCAGCCAGCACCACCCUGGCCCAAACAACAGAGAUUUCCACCACUGGUACAGAAAACAUCAGCUCUCCAGGCCAUUCCCAGUCUUCUUUGGGAACACUGGGUAGUGGUGGCAGAGGUGCCACCCUGUCAUCCUUGAACCCAUUGCUCACAGGCUCACCAUCUGCUUCAGAAAGCACCUCCCCAGCAGACAUGACCUCAGCAAUGGGAGGACACCUGCCUCUCACCAGCACGCUCAGUGUGGUGACAGCUACUGCCAGUGAGGAGAGCAGCACAGUGCCUGUGCUGGACACCCAUGGAGCUUCCAGUGCCACAGGGAGCUCCUCUUCCUCUUCCCCCCACGCCAGCACCCUGGACACAGUCCUGCUGUCCUCAUUGGCAGCAGAGCCUGGGAAGCAGAGCCGUGUUUCACAGAGCAGUGCUGGACUCAGUGAGCUUCCAACAAAGCUGCUGCCUGCGUUUUCUCCAAGUGUUUCAGUGCCUUCACCUUCAGCCACACUCUUCAUCCACAAGGAAGGGACAUCUCAAGCCCCAGGCAGCCACAGCACUUGGAGUACAAAAGCAGAAAGCCUCACAUCUCAUCUGGACACAGAUGGGGACAUCCACACCGACCCUGUCCCAUCCUCCACGGCAUGGCCUCGAGUGACUCAUGUCUCAUCUGGCCGAGCAGGGUCCCCAGAGCCCAAGGUCACCCUUCCAUCCAAGGUCUUCACCUACUUCUCAGCUGCUGCUGAACCUUCCACUGUUGGCAGCAGCCAUCACUCCCUGAGCAGCUCGAGUGCUGAGAAGAGGCUGUCCAGCCCCAUCACCGAUCCCAUCACCGAUCCCAUCACCGAUCCCAUCACCGAUCCCAUGCAUGGCUCAUCCACGCCUGUGGGUACUGAGGAGGGGAUGCUGCACUCAGUGACAGAUGGCACAUUGGCCACUGGCAUGGAGAGCUCCUCUUUCCAUGCUGCAGCUUCCAGCUCUCCAGGGCUGUCAGAACCAGCAGUGGUGGAGCAGGGCAGGACAGCCAAUGCCUCCUCCAGCAGCGGGGCUUUCACGGGCUUUGCGACGGAGACGGUCUCCGUCCGUUCUGCCAAGAUACCCUCUUCCUCUUCUUUCCAAAACGAUCUCACAAACUUUUCAGGGAGCCAUCAGCCAGUCAGUAGCAUCGAUGCUGAGAAAAGGACCUCCGUUUCUCACACAGAUGGCACAUACAUUUCAACCACAUAUACCAGAGGAGGAGAAAGGACACUCCUGUCUAUCUCCAACAGCAGCACCUCUGCUGACUCCUCAGAAAGCUCCACCUUUUUUUCUGAAAUUUCCAGCCCUUUUGAUGCCUCACAAUCAUCUGUGGCUCAUGACAGGCAGACCAAUGCAUCGAACAGCAGCAGUUUUGUGGAACCAUCUACGCAGCCAUUGCUGGUGCACCCAUCCAAACUGUCGACAUCUGCUUCUACAGGCAUAGAAAAUACAACUCUAUCCAACACUGACUCUGGGUUGUUGAACACUGACAGAUCAUCUCUGUCUUCAUCAGAGUUUCCAGCCUCUUCCUCACAGUCAUCACUGCAGCACUCGCUGUCAUCAACACCACCCCCAACUCGUCUGUUUACACUGUCAGAAUCACCUGAGCCACGCUCGUUCUCUGUGAUGACAUCUUCACCUCCUCUGUCGUCUUCCUUGCCCACCUCCUCCUUGCCCUCCCCAUCUUACUCAUUAGCAUCAUUACUGUCUGUGUUUUCAUCACCCUCAUCCAUCUCACAGUCCAGCAAGAGUGACCAAGCAAGCACCACUGUGGCUACGAGUGUGGUCAGGCAGGUGCCCUCCACAGUUACCACAGCCAGGAGCUCACCCAGAGAGACCAACAAGCCCAAUGUCACACACCAGCCCCAAAAGAGCACCACCUUCACACCCACCAGGUCACCUCUCCCUACGGCGCCCAUGGAGCUGCUUGGUGGACGCGUGGUGUCCGUGUCUGCUCCUGUGACAGUAACGGAGGCUGCCUCACCUGGAGAUGCCACCACCCAAGGGCACAGCUUUGGGAAGGCAACACCACUGCUCACCACAGCCAGCGUUUCUCCACAGACUGGGCCAACAGAUGCACCCCUCAGUCCCUCCCCAAGUACAACAAAUCACAGCAGCAUUGUCCCCGCAGUGGCGGUGACCACGGUGAAACCUCCUGUGCCGACAACGCCGGCCGGCCGCCAACCCACCCCAGGUGAGGCCAGCACCACAAAGGACCACAGGACCCAGACACCCACUGCCACUAAGCACAGUCACACCACUGGUGAAAGCACAGAAGCCAUGAACCUCACCACUGCAAAGCCUGGUAAAGUCACCGAGGAAAACAUCCCUGCCACAAGUCCUACUGAAGCACCUCCAACCACCAAGAGCACUGUGAGCACCACAACUACUUUGGCUGCUACCAAACCAACCACUGUUCCUCCCACGAGCAGCACGGCCGGGCUGAGGACGUCACCUCCAGCAGCAGAGGUGGACAAAUGUCUUUCCAAUCCUUGUCCUGCACUGGCCACCUGCAACAACACCCAUGGCUCCUAUAUCUGUCAGUGUCCUCUUGGAUAUGAGCUGGAAAAAGGGAAGUGCAACUUAGUGAGAAUAUUUAUUGGCCAGGUUCCCCUGAAACUUAAUAUCACCCAUGGGAAGUACACAGAGCUCUUCCACAUUGAGAGGGAGAUCCUGGAGAUGCUCAAUGCAUCGCUGUCAGGCUUGCCAGGAUACCACCACUCCACAGUUAAGGCAAGCAGGGAGGCAAAUUUUGUGCACGUUUCAGUGCAAUCCACGUUCUCUUUAGCAUCCAACGUGACUUUCUUCGAUGUUAUCAGCAGUGUGAAAAGCUAUAUUCGAGCUUGCAAAUCCCCCACUGAAGCCUGCCAAUUCAUCUCCAGCCUGAAAUCACUCCACAGAGCUGGCAGCUUGUGCAGACAGAAGGACCCUGAAUGUGACAAGGAAACUUCAGAAUGCACCGACUUUGAUGGAGUUGCACUCUGCCAGUGCAAAAGUGGAUACUUCAAAUACAACAAAAUGGACCACUCCUGCAGAGCCUGUGAAGAUGGAUUUAAGCUGGAAAACGAGACCUGUGUGAGCUGCCCUUUUGGCUUGGGUGGAUUCAACUGUGGAAACCCCUAUCAGCUCAUCACGGUGGUGAUUGCAGCGGCAGGAGGGGGACUGCUGCUCAUCAUGGGCAUAGCACUGAUCGUCACCUGCUGCCGGAAGAAUAAAAAUGACAUAAGUAAACUGAUUUUCAAGAGUGGGGAUUUCCAGAUGUCACCUUAUGCUGAAUACCCGAAGAAUCCCCGGGCACAGGAGUGGGGCAGAGAGACCAUCGAGAUGCAGGAGAAUGGAAGCACCAAGAACCUGUUGCAGAUGACAGAUGUGUAUUAUUCGCCAACUGGACUGAGAAAUCCUGAACUGGAAAGAAAUGGACUUUAUCCUCCCUACACUGGUUUGCCUGGAUCUCGACACUCAUGCAUCUACCCUGGACAAUACAAUCCAUCCUUCAUUAGUGACGAAACCAGAAGAAGAGACUAUUUUUAACAGACAGUGGAGAGGGAGUGGAAGAUUGACACAGUUGUGUGGCCCUUAAUCCUCAGCUCCAAUCUGUCUCCUGGGUAGUUCAGGCCACAGCAAUCUUACUCUUCCCAUUUAAUAGGAAGGACUUUGAACUUCAUGCUGAGCAUUGCUGCCCUGAGGGACGGUCACAGUUGCUGAGCAUCAGAGAGGAGGAGGAGGAAGAGGAGGGAAUGGCUCAAGAAGCACAUCACUAAAAGACCCAGAGGGAAGCUAACACAUGUACCCCUUAUUCAUUCUUCGCUCUUCGCGCUACAUGGGCAAGCAUGGAUGAGUACAGGCAGAUGAGCUGUGCCCAGCACUCUGCAUUGAAUACCACUAGGGAGUGUCCUGUUUACAGAUCUCAUUCACUGUUGACUCUGCUUGUCUUCCUAGCCAGCCUUCAUGCAAAGAUUCACUGUGCAGCUGCUUUUGGUCAGGCAAGUUUGUCCACUCCUUCUUAGACCACUGCCUUGCUGUUGGCUUCAUGCAUGACAGGGAAGCUGGCUUGUCUUCUGGCCCUCACCUUCUUACUGGUAAAAGUUCUCCAGAUUUCUGCUUGCUAAAGCCCAGAGUCUGGCAAUGUUGGCUGAAUUCAUGGGUUGAUUGUUUCCAAGGGGUGCAGGAAAGUUAGUCACACCACUGCAAUUUUAAUGGAAAAAAGCACAGUUGUUCCUCUGUGCUGCUUUGAAAAACUCCUGUAUAUAGGGAAUGUUGUUAUUUUGUCAACCAAUGCUGUUCAGAGGUGAUGCCACUACACGCCAUCAUGGUGCUUCCAUAUGGGAUCCUUUGGGGCUCUGUUUCCCUGCAAGGAUUUAAAUGCCUGUAGACACAGCAAUACAAUAUUAAAUAAUUACUCACAAGGAAGAAGAUGAGCUGUUAAUUCAGAAUGCUUUUUAUGAAGAAUUUGUGAAGGAAUAAUAAUGCUGUAACCUUGGCUGGGCAGAGGAAUCUGAAUUCUGGGCACUGAAGAUGGGAUAUGUUUUCAAACCUCCACAGUCCACCUUGAAUUUGUAGGAAUUGUGGAGGCUUUUAGUGCAUUGGAAAAGAGGGCUUACUGCAGCCAGUUGCAUUUAAGGAAGAGAAAAACAUGAUGUUUGCAAUCCUAGCAUAGCAAAGAUCACUUAUGUUGAAGUGUUUUUCUUUCUUCCAUCCUAGUUUCGAGUGAUUCAGACCAGGCAAGUUUCCUCACCCAGGUGUGUUCGUUCACAUUAGCAGAAGCUGAAGAAUGUAAGUUAUUGCAUUUCUCACCAAAGAUCAGUUUGAAACACAUGGACUAUAUUCUGACCUAAAGUAAGUGCUGAAAGAGCUCUUAUUAAUCACAGAACUCUGGAAUGGGUUGGGUUGGAAGGGAUCUUACAGAUCAUUUUUUUCCCAACUCCUCUGCCAUAAGCAGGGACAUCUUCCACUAGACCAGGCUGCUCAAAGCCACAUCCAAGCUGGCUUUGAACACUUGCAGGGAUUGGGUAACUUCUCUGGAUAACCUGUUUCAGUGCCUCACCACUCUCAUACUGAAGAAUUUAUUUCUUGUAACUAAUCUAAAUCUACCUUCUUUGCUU